AUUGCUACACGCUGCCAAUGCUCCCAUAGUCAGCGUAAAUGGCGGACGCAGACACUGCAAGACUUUGCACCGAGAUCGUGCGGUCGGUCUUCGGCCCUCUGACUGCGACCGUCACCUCCAUCAUCCUCACCCAUGGACGCCUUGGGCUCCCACAACUACUUCGUUUCUCGAAAAUGAAGCCUCGGACUGUCCGUGCCGCUAUCCUAAUUCUCGUACAACAUAAUCUACUAUGGCACUCUCAAUCUGAAGAGGAGGGAGAAGUCUUCGAAAUCAAUAUCGACGAAUGCCUCAUGAGGCUGCGUUACGGUCGAUAUGUGUGGUUGGCAGAGCAGUUGUAUGGGAAAUCGGGUGGGGAGAUUAUACAACUAGUGUUAGACCAUGGCAAGUUGCGUCCGCCAGACAUCAUUGCGCAACUAUCCAUAUACGACCCGGUCAAAGGCCCCGCCUUGCUCACUCAAACAUUACACAAACUUGUCGACGAAGCUUACCUCAAGCCUUCAACACUACUGUCGCACUUCUCCCCUCGCGAAAAGCUGAUUCGGUAUGAGGGUGAAGAGAAGAGGAAAAUACCCGGCUUUCCGACGGCAAGGGAGGUGCGCGAGGCUCGAGAAACCGCUCAGGCUCGAUUGACGCGAGAGGAGGAGGAAGCCGAGCAAGUCGGUAUGAAACGCAAGGCGAAAGAUUACUCGCAUAAAGCUUCCAAGCGCAAAGCUAUCGAAGAAGACGUGGAAGUAGACGACGGAGUGUACUUCCGCGUCAACUGCGAGCGAUUCAACGUGCACAUCCGCAACAAGCUCAUCGAAACUGCCGCCUCGGAACGUUUCAACGAGUCCGCAGGCACAGUCCUGCGCGCAACACUCAAAGCUACCGAGCCCAGGCAGAGGAAGCUUACCGACGUGCGAUCCGAUCCAACAUCCUUCGCUAAUGUUGCCAUGCAUCUCCCCGACGACGUAGACCUUGCCUCAGGACUUGUGUUGCAAUCAUCAAAAACUCCGCCAACGAUGACGCUUGUCAAGGAAUAUCUCGGCAUCCUAGCAUCCGCCGAUAAUCCUACACCUGCCGGUCGAGCAGCCUCCUUCGUUUCUCUAGGAGGGUCAAAAGUACAAGUCGAGUUCGAGAUUAUUGCAAGGCGACUACAGCGACGGGUGCUUGAGAGUGUUGCGCGGGAACGGCAUGGCGACGAGGGUGUCCGGAUCAUCCGUCUACUUGCGGACACGGGCAUGAUGGAUGAGAAGCAGAUAUCCAAAAUCGGGAUGAUGGCUGCCAAGGACGCUCGCCCGCUGCUGUCGGCGAUGUCGGCGGAGUCGUUGGUCAGCCUUCAGGAAGUGCCCAAGAGCGCGGACCGCAACCCUACGCGGAUGUUCUACCUAUGGUACGUCGAUCUACAGAAGGCGUCGACAGUUCAGCUCCGCAGCUUGUACAAGACAUUGUACAACAUUGCAACGCGACGCCAGGCAGAGCAAGAGGAGCCGAACCUCAAAGCGGUCCUAGAUAAGCGACAACGAAGUGAUGUCAGCCAGGACGAAGAGAGGUUGCUGACGAGGAACGAGCGGGAGUUACUGGCACAGUGGGAGAAGAAGAGAGAGAAGUUGACGGUGCUUGAGACGAGGGUGGAGGAGGCCGUAUUCAUCCUACGCGACCUGGGUACCUUCGCUAUCAAUGACGAUUGA